GCAUGGCGCUGGGGGGGACACAGAGAUGGGCGAGUGUGUCACCACGGGGGCCCGGGCGUGCUUGGGAAUGUGCAGGUUUUCUCCCUCAUCCCCUACGUGGUGAACGUGACGGCUGUGAACCCCCUGGGUGCUGCCUCCAUCAGCCUGCCCUUCCUCCUGGAGAACAUCAUAAAGCCGGACCCCCCUGAGGACCUGCGGGUCUCACCCCUCCUGGGGAGACCCAAGAAGCUGCUGCUGGAGUGGAGCCCACCAGGGUCCUGGCCCUUCCCGGAGUACUUCCCACUCAAGUAUCACAUCCGCUAUGCGCAGGAGGACGGCUCUGUCCCCAGCACGGUCGGUCCGUAUGAGCAGACAUCCCACACACUGUCAGGCCUGUGCCCCGGCACCAUGCUCCGUGUCCAAGUGGCUGGCAAGGGCUUCACCGACUCCGGGGAGCUCAGUGACUGGAGCCCACCCGCCUCGGGGAUGCCCUGGAUGGAACCGUGA